AUGAUUCCUCCUGGAAAGCCGGGGGAAAAUGAUCUCGGAAAACAAGGCGGUUCUGAACUCCACAAAGCCGGCCGGGAGCUUCGGAAGUCCAGGGGCUCUUGCCGCGGAUUUGAGGGCUCUGGACGCCACGGAUCCGUGAGGCCCCUGGGAGCAGCGGAAACAGGAGGGGCGGCCGUGCGGCUGCCUCCCAGCCGCCCUGUUUCACAGCCGCGGCGGACAAUCUCUCUGCCACAUUCAGGGCAAAGCACAAUUUUAGGAAAUGCAAACAACCCGGGUCCCACUGCCCUGCAGAUAACCUGGUCUACAACAAUGCAACCUGGAAAAAGACGUCACUCCGAGAAAGGGCACGGGAAAAGGAACUGUGAAAAUAAAAUGCUCCCCAUUUCAGGAACCAAGUCAAUGUGA